AUGGCUGGUUCCCCCAGCCAGCCAUCAGCACCAACUGGUGAAGCCCUUCCUCCUGCUUCGGCUGGGAUGGGCAGCCGCCUCAGGCCCUCGUCGGUCGAGACCUUCCUCCUGCUUCGGCUGGGAUGGGCAGCCGCCUCCGGCCCCCGCCGGUCGAGCCCUUCCUCCUGCUUCGGCUGGGAUGGGCAGCCGCCUCCGGCCCCCGCCGUCGAGCCCUUCCUCCUGCUUCGGCUGGGAUGGCAGCCGCCUCCGUCCCCCCGCCGGUCGAGACCUUCCUCCUGCUUCGGCUGGGAUGGGCAGCCGCCUCUGGCCCCCGCCGGUCGAGCCCUUCCUCCUGCUUCGGCUGGGAUGGGCAGCCGCCUAUGGCCCCCGCCGGUCGAGCCCUUCCUCCUGCUUCGGCUGGGAUGGGCAGCCGCCUCCGGUCCCAGCUGGUCAGGCCCUUCCUCCUGCUUCGGCUGGGAUGGGCAGCCGCCUCGGCCCCCGCCGUCGAGCCCUUCCUCCUGCUUCGGCUGGGAUGGGCAGCCGACUCCGGCCCCCGCCGGUCGAGCCCUUCCUCCUGCUUCGGCUGGGAUGGGCAGCCGCCUCCGCCCCCGCCGGUCGAGACCUUCCUCCUGCUUCGGCUGGGAUGGGCAGCCGCCUCCGGCCCCCGCCGGUCGAGACCUUCCUCCUGCUUCGGCUGGGAUGGGCAGCCGCCUAUGGCCCCCGCCGGUCGAGCCCUUCCUCCUGCUUCGGCUGGGAUGGGCAGCCGCCUCCGGUCCCAGCUGGUCAGGCCCUUCCUCCUGCUUCGGCUGGGAUGGGCAGCCGCCUCCGGUCCCAGCUGGUCAGAUGGGCAGCCGCUUCUGGCCCCCACCGGUCAAGCCCUUCCUCCUGCUUCGGCUGGGAUGGGCAGCCGCCUCCGGCCCCCGCCGGUCGAGCCCUUCCUCCUGCUUCGGCUGGGAUGGGCAAGCCGCCUUCCGGCCCAACCCCGCCGGUCGAGGACCUUCCUCCUGCUUCGGCUGGGAUGGGCAGCCGCCUCCGGCCCCCACCGGUCGAGCCCUUCCUCCUGCUUCGGCUGGGAUGGGCAGCCGCCUCCGGCCCCCGCCGGUCGAGCCCUUCCUCCUGCUUCGGCGGGGAUGGGCAGCCGCCUUCAGGCCCCGCCGGUUGAUCCCUUCCUCCUGCUUCGGCAGGGAUGAGCAGCCGCCUUCGGCCCUCGCCGGUCAAGCCCUCCCACCUGCUAUGUCGAGGAUGGGCAGCAGCCUCCGGUCCCUGCCGGUAGAGCCCUUCCUCCUUCUUUCAACGGGAAUGGGCAGCAUCCUAUGUCCUCUGCCAGUCGAGCUCUUCCUCCUGCUUCAGCCAGGAUGGGCAACCGCAUCUGGCCCCAGCCAGUUGGGCCCUUCCUCCUGCUUUAGCAGGAAUGGGCAGCAGUCUCCGGCCUCCACCGGUCAGGCCCUUCUGCCUGCUUUGGCUGGGAUGGGCAGUAGCCUUCGGCCACCACCGGUCGAGCCCUUCUGCCUACUUUGGCAGGGAUGGGCAGCAGCCUCCGCCCUCCACCAGUCGAGCCCUUCCUCCUGCUUCUGCCAGGGAUCGGCAGAAACCUCCGGCCCUAGCCAGAUAAGUGAGCACACGAUGUCUCCUCGGAUGGACUAA